GGCCGUGGUCGGCGGCGGUUCCCGAGGGCCGGGCGGGCUCCGGGACCAUGCCGUCCGCCUUCUCGGUCGACGCCUUCCCGGUCAGCAUCCCCGCCGUCCUCACGCAGACAGACUGGACUGAACCGUGGCUGAUAGGACUUGUCGUCUUCCAUGUCCUCUGCCUGCUGCUCACUUGUUUCUCAUUCCAAAGGUAUAAACUGCAGAUUGGGCAUUUCCUCUGCCUAGUAAUUUUAGUCUAUUGUGCAGAAUAUAUUAAUGAAGUGGCUGCAAUGAACUGGAGGUUAUUUUCAAAAUACCAGUAUUUUGAUUCUAGGGGAAUGUUCAUUUCUAUAGUAUUUUCAACACCACUGUUGUUCAAUGCCAUGGUCAUCGUGAUUAUGUGGGUACGAAAGACUUUAAAUGUAAUGACUGAUCUGAAGACUUUACAAGAGAAAAGAAAGGAGAGGAAAAGAAGAAGAAAAGAAGAAUAACAUUACAACAAUUGCUUCGGAUAUCUUAUGUUGGAUUUUUUUUUUUUUCUCUCCACCAUUGUCGUUUCCAAUGUUAAAGUACAUGUGUUAUAGGAAUCCUUCUUAGCAACUGAUUCAUAAUUCGAAAAAAUGAUAGAUUCUUCCGCUGUAAUAUCCACGGUAGUAGAACACACUAAAGUUGGUUUUUAAAGCAAACACCUAAUACCAUUUAGGAGGGUCGUUAAAGCUGGUUCUAUAUUUAUAAUGUUUGGAGUGUUUCAAGUUAAACUAUAUAAAUAGUCUCUGUGCAGAGCCCUUCAUUGUUUGCUAUGUAGGUCACAUGAUUUAUGUAAUUAGUGCACAUGAAUUAUAAAAUCUUAAAUCAGAAUAAAAAUGUUAGAUAAUAAAUAAUUGAUAACUUACUUUCUUAUGGCACCAUUAUCUGUUUAUCAUUUUGUGUUUUCUAGUGGAUAGUAGUGGUUCUCAGUGGAGGGUGAUUUUUACCCCCAGGGGACACUUGGCAACGUCUGCAGACGGUUUUGAUUAUCAUGACUUGAGGGCUGCUACUGGCAUCUAGUGGGUAGACCUCAGGGAUGCUGUUGAAUAUCCUACAAUGCACAGGACAGCGUCCAUAGCAAAGAAUUAUCCAGCCCAAAAUGUCAGUAGUGCCAGGGUUGAGAAACCUUUUAAACAAGAUCUUUGAAGCAAGGAUCUCAAUUUAAUGAACCCAUCCCUCUGUGGCUGCUGUUGUUGAACCAUUGAGUUUAUUCCAACCCAUAGUGACCCCGAAGGACAGGUAGAACUGCGUCAUAGGGUUUCUUAGGCUAUAAAUCUUUACCGGAGCAGAUCGCCAGGUCUUUCCUCCCUCAGAGCAGCUGGUGGGUUCGAACUGCUGACCUUUCAGUUAAUAGCCCAGCACUUAACCAUUGGACCACCAGGGCUCCUUCUCCAGUGAGGCUAGGUCUCUGUAAACGUCCACGUGGGUUUUUUUCCGUUCAGGCAAGGAUUCCUUGACCUUGGUGUUUGUGGAGACAAAGAAGGGGGCAGAUUCUCUGGAGGAUUUCCUGUACCAUGAAGGGUAUGCUUGUACCAGUAUCCAUGGAGACCGAUCUCAAAGAGAUAGAGAAGAAGCCCUUCACCAGUUCCGCUCUGGAAAAAGCCCAAUUCUAGUGGCAACAGCAGUAUGUAUAUAUACGUAUAUAUUAUUUUCAAAUUAAGCACGUUUAAAUGUUUGCAUUGUUUUAAAUGGGCCGUAUAUAAACAAAAGUUAUUUUCCAGGUGGCUGCUAGGCUCCGUCAAACAGUAUAAGUUAGAGGCUGCUUCCCUUUUACAUAGUAGUUAAAAAUGUUGAAGAACGUAAUCAGUGUCACGACACGGUACACGUAGAUAUUGUUGCAUUAGUCUAUGUUUUCCUGUUGUUGAGAAUGUCCUUAACAACAGCAAAGUGUUCUGUUAUAAAAUUAAAAAAAAAGAAUAAUGAAAGGCAUCAAGUCAGGAUUCCAUGAGAAAGAAUAUGUUGAAUGAAUUCUUUGAUUUUGUUUUUCAAGAUGCAAAAUUUCAAAUACAGAAAUAUUCAGGGGCUGUUUUAGCUGUUUCAACCAACAGAUUUUAGAGAAAUGUAAAGAUUGAUUAUAUUCCUUCCUAAGUCUUUUUUUUUCCUCUACAGUUUGGGUGCUCAGGAACAUAAUGCUAUGAAUUUUAUUAGAAGAGGUAUGAUAUUACUUUUAAUAUCUGCUUCGUAAAAUAGCUCAGGUACAGUAAGCUCCUGGCUUUUUUCAGAUCUGAAACUGUAACUAAACAAUGACAAAUCCAAAUUUUUAAAAAUAGUAUUCAAUAAAGGGAAUGUUAUUGGCUGUAGAUUUUGUUUUGAAAAAAUAGUUUGUGAAUAGUUGUUUAAAUUUUAAUAGAAUUUUUUACCCAAAGUGAAAGUUUCCAAGUUUUAAAAAGAAAAAAAAAUCCUUAAAGUGUUUAUAUUUAACAACUUAUAAAUUGAUACUUUAUAAAAUUAAAUCUCUAAAUUCAGAUACAUCAUGUUUUUAUAAACAAUUUUAAGCAUUCCUAGUAGAGAAACUAUUUCGUGAAUGUUGACAUUAGUUUUAGACAUGAGUUCAUGCAAUCUUCUAGAUGAAUCUACUGGAGAUUUUAACCUGAAAUUUCACGAAUUCUUGAUUUGUUCAACUUUGGUACUGAAUAUAAAAAAUAAUAAAUGAAAAAAAAAAAAAAACCCAAA